GCCUGCCCGCCAAGAUGUCCUCGGUGCCGGCGGCGUCGCGCAGACAAUGGUGCUACUUGUGCGACCUGCCCAAGAUGCCGUGGGCCAUGAUCUGGGACUUCAGCGAGGCCGUGUGCCGGGGCUGCGUCAACUUCGAGGGCGCCGACCGCAUCGAGUUCCUCAUCGAGACGGCCCGCCAGCUCAAGCGCAACCACGUCCUGCAGGAGGGCCGCUCGCCGGGGCCGCCGGGCGCCAAGCACGCCAAGGACGGCGCGGCCCUGGAGCGCUACGAGGCCCGCGGAGGCGGCGGCGGCGGCGGGGGGCGCCUCUCGGCCGGCGAUUACGCGCUCAGCCCCCGCCUGCCCAACGGGCUGGCCCGCGGCCCCGGCGGCGAGGAGGGCGAGGGCAGCCGGCAGAGCCCCACGGCCCGCCGGGCCCUGAUCGGGACGGUGCCCCCUAGCCUGGUGCCCCAGGGCCUGAUGGGGGCGCCCCAGGGGCUGCUGGCCGCCGCCGUCUCCGGCCUGGGGGGCCGCCCGGCCGCCGCCACCCUGGCCAUGGCCUCGCCCCUCGGGGCCCGCCUGGCCUACGGCGACUACGAGAAGGAGAAGCAGCGCAACGCCGAGUGCCUGGCCGAGCUGAACGAGGCCAUGCGCGGGCGCGCCGAGGAGUGGCACGGCAAGCCCAAGGCCGUGCGGGACCAGCUGCUGGCCCUCUGCAGCUGCGCCCCCUUCAACGUGCGCUUCAAGAAGGACCACUCCCUGGUGGGCCGCAUCUUCGCCUUCGACGCCGCCCCCCGGCCCGGCUACGAGUACGAGCUCAAGCUCUUCACCGAGUACCCCUGCGGCUCCGGCAACGUCUACGCCGGCGUCCUGGGCCUGGCCAAGCAGAUGUUUCAAGACUGCCUGAAGGACCCGGGCAAAGUCAUCUCCUCCGGCUACAAGUACCUGGAGUACGAGAAGCGCCACGGCUCCGGGGACUGGCGCCUCCUGGGCGAGCUCUUCACCGAAGGGGUGCGCUCCUUCCGAGAGGCCCUGUCACCCGAGGCCAUGCCCCAGCAGUACCUGGACAGCAACUGUGCCAUGCCCCCCAGCCUCCUCUUGAGGGCCGUGCCGCCUCCUCGGGCCGUCACCCGCCGGCGCAAGGCCUCGCCGGAGCCUGAGGGAGAAGCCGCCGGCAAGAUGACCGGCGAGGAACAGCAGCAGAGGCAGCACUGGCUGCCCCAAGGGGCGGGCGGCAUCUACCCGUCGGGCAUGGCGCACCUGCCCACGGCCGGCCAGGGGCCCUUGCCCGAAGGAUCCUUGAGAAACGAUCCUUCGCCCAUCACUGCCCUGAAGAACGUGGCCGACGCGCUGGGGAACAAAGAGGUCAACCCGGUCCACUCCACCACCGCCCGGCAGAACAGCGCCAGCCCCGCGUCGCCCGCCGCGUCAGGACAACACCGGCUGGUGCCCCGCAACGGCGAGCCGGGCCAAGCGACCACCUCCUCUUCCUCCUCCUCCUCUUCCUCCGGGGCCCACUCCUCCGGAGGGGUCGAGCCCAGCGGCACGCAGAGCGCCCCCGAUUCCUCCGGAGGGGCUAGCAGCGCUCCCCUCUGCUGCACCAUAUGCCACGAGAGGCUGGAAGAUACCCACUUUGUCCAGUGCCCUUCGGUGCCCGGCCACAAGUUCUGCUUCCCUUGUUCCCGGGAUUUCAUUAAAGCCCAGGGAGCAGCCGGAGAGGUGUAUUGUCCCAGCGGGGAGAAGUGCCCACUGGUGGGAUCCAACGUCCCCUGGGCCUUCAUGCAGGGCGAGAUCGCCACCAUCCUAGCCGGGGAUGUGAAAGUAAAAAAAGAGCACGAUCCGUGAAAAGGGACCACCACGGCAGAGAUCCGGGACGUCGUGCCAGGGGUUGCCCGCCUGCACCCACCUUUCCCCCCUCCCUCCCUCCUCCACCGUGGCAGUGACUGGAAUUAGUAACUUAUCCCCACCCCACCCAACACCCUCUUUAACCCGCAGGGGACUGAGGCAUUUGUAUAUAAAUCUAUUUUUUAAAUAAUAUUUCCAUAGUAAGCUUAUAUAUGAAGCCACAUCUAUGUAACCUACUACAAAAAGGGGCGUGGGCGGGAGGGGAUGGGUAAUUGUUUUUGCUACUCAGUAGUGUAACCGGGGGA